AUGAAAGACUCAGUGUUAAAGAACACACUGUAUGAAUGCAGAAAACAAUUCAAACACAAACUCACACAUUGUGUUUUAGCGAGGGCUUUGGGUUACACUGAAAAGACGUUAUUAUGAUUCUAUUAUAGAACAUUCUAUUAAGAUUUUGUCACUUUACAAUAAACCGCUGGAAAUAAAGGGAACGCGCAUGCGCGAGGAGAGAUGCUCGAGAUUCACUUUUCCACUUUAUCGGUCUCGAGAGAGAGUCAUGAAAAGUCUCUGCUUCUGAGCGUCACAUCCACAGUCCAAAUAUUAGGAUCAUCGAAUAAAACAACGAGUCGUGGCAUUAGGGUUAAAUCAUAAAUAGAAAUCAUGAAAUGUAUGUCUAUGUGUGUACGUGAAUAUUCGUGGUGAACCCACGAUUCACAUUUUUUGACGUUGUAAAUGGAGACGGUUUAAAUAAAGCUUGCGCAGUUUGAAUCCGCGGACUUCCGGGUUUGAUCGAACACUUUGGAGUGUUUACAGUCAUUAGUCGGGUUAAACUUCACUUUCUCAGCGAUCUUCAGUUGUUUACUGCUGUAUUUUCACAGUGGAUUUUAUUUCACAUGUGUGUGCGGGGAAUAUGAGCUGAAAUGCCGUCCGUGACCACUGGAGUGAAGGAUCUUUAUCUUUCUACAUCCCUGGGAGAUCUGAACAAGAAAGCAGAAAUCAAACCAGAGAGAACCAACACUAGACAUUAUGUCCAGAGUGCAUGUAAGAUCUUCAAGGCGGCUGAGGAGUGUCGUCUUGAUCGAGAUGAGGAGAAAGCUUAUGUCCUGUACAUGAAGUAUCUGACCGUCUAUGACCUCAUCAAGAAGAGACCGGACUUCAGACAGCAGCAGGAUUUCUUUCUGUCUAUACUGGGGCCAACCAGCUUCAAAAAGGCCAUAGAGGAAGCAGAGAAACUUUCAGAGAGUUUGAAACUCCGCUAUGAGGAAGUGGAGGUGCGGAAAAAGCUGGAAGAGAAAGAGAGAAGAGAGGAAAAGAAUCGAAGAGAAGAACGGAUGGAGAAAGAUGGCCGUGAUUCACCCAGAGGAACAUCAGAGAAGAGCGGUCAGAAGAUUCAAGAUGAAGCCAAUAACAAGAAGAGUGCUAAAGCAGGCAGCGUCAGUGCUGAAGGUUUAUAUCACCUGAUGAAGGACAGCAGUAUAAAUGUGCUGGUGAUGGAUGCUCGGAGCAGACAAGACUUUGAGGAAUCGCACAUGUGUGUCCCGUCUCAGACAUGUAUCAGUGUACCUGAAGAGGCCGUCAGCCCGGGGGUGACGGUGAAUCAGAUGGAGAUGAAGCUGCCUGCUGAAUCUCUGGAUGAGUGGAAGCGUCGAGCGUUUGUGGAUUAUGUGGUUCUGUUGGACUGGUUCAGCGGCCUCUCUGACCUCAAACUGGGCACCACUUUACAGAGUCUGAAGGAUGCUCUCUAUAAGUGGGACAGCAGUACUAUCCUGCGCAGCGAGCCACUGGUUCUGGAGGGAGGGUAUGAAAACUGGCUGCUCUUUUACCCCAUGUACACCAGCAACGCUAAAGUCAAACCGCCCCGACAGCAUGUGACAAGCACUCUGCCACCAUUGAACUUUGCAUAUCCUUCACUGGAGGAGCCCAAACCCGUGAGCGUGACCUCGGAGCCCGCACCGCUCACACAGCUCAACGGCAGAACUUUGGACCAAGAACCUCACACAGAAGGGCCCACGAACACACAAACACCGGCACAGCAGCCUGUUCCUCAAACCAGCACAGAUGUCAUAACGCCGCCCUCCGCCUCACCCAGACACACUCCACAGGUGGAUCGCUCCAAGAAACCAGCCGUGAGUGUCACAUCGAGAGUCAGCGAUGAGUCCGCAGUGAAUGAUACUCCUGCGACACUCAACGACCCUGUGAUGCCCAACCGCUCGGCCAAACCCAACCUGGACCCAUCCAGAGCCCUGAGCGAAGAGGAGCGCAGGGAGAUCCACGCAGAGACCGUCAGUCUGAUGGAGAAAGCCCGUAAAGAGCAAGAACAACGCAAGCGUGCUCAGGAGGAGAAGAGAGAGAGAGACGAGAAAGAGCAGAGGGAGGCAGCAGAGAGACGUCAGAGAGACGAGAUGAAGGAGGAGGAGAGACAGCAGGAGAGAAAGAAACUGGAGAGACAGACGGCCGAAGAGGAGUCUCAGGGAGAAACGGAGCGAGACGAAAAGGGCAAAAAAACACAGAAGGACGCUCAGAUGAAGAGCAUGUCACUGGAUUCACCAGCGCCAGUGACGACUCUGGGUGACGUCAAGAGGGAUACUCUGACGCGAGCGCGCAGUGAGGAGAUGGGUAGAACCGUACCCGGGUUGCCGGACGGCUGGAUGAAGUUUCUCGAUACGGUGACAGGAACCUACAGAUAUUACCACUCUCCCACCAACCGCGUGCAUCUCUAUCCUCCAGAGGUGAGCGUGUUACAGGUACCGGCCAGCACGGCCAAAGCCAAACCGACAGAAGCUGCAGAGACGGACAGAGAGAAGGAGAGGGAGCAGUCCAAACUGAAGCGAUCGUACUCGUCUCCUGAUAUCAGCCAGGAACUGAAUGCAGAGACCAGCAGAAAACCCACACCUGUACCUCAAAUAAACAGAGAAAACAAGCCUCUGGCUGCUGCUGCUGCCGCCGCAUAUAAGGCUGAGAUCGCUCGGCCGUCUGCAGCAAAGAUCCGGAACCUGAACCCGGUGUUUGGAGGUCAGGGGCCGUUAUUAACAGGCCUCCGUAACCUCGGCAACACCUGCUACAUGAACUCCAUCCUCCAGUGCCUGUGUAACACCAUCGCCAUGGCAGAGUAUUUCAACAGGAACUUCUAUCAGGACGACAUCAACCGGGACAAUAUUCUGGGUCAUAAAGGGGAGGUGGCCGAGGAGUUCAGCGUGGUCAUGAAGGCGCUGUGGUCGGGACAGUACAAAUGCAUCAGUCCUCAAGAUUUCAAAGGCACCAUCUGUAAAAUCAACAACCGUUUCUCCAGCUACGAGCAUCAAGAUUCUCAAGAACUGCUUCUGUUCCUCAUGGACGGACUGCACGAGGAUCUCAAUAAGGCGGAUAAACGCAGGGGUUAUAAGGAAGAGGACAUUGAUCAUCUGGAUGACGUGAGCGCUGCAGAGUUAGCCUGGAGCAAACACAAGCUGUUGAAUGAGUCCAUCAUCGUGGCUCUGUUUCAGGGUCAGUUUAAAUCCACAGUUCAGUGCAUGAGCUGCCAACACAAAUCCAGAACCUUCGAGACCUUCAUGUACCUCACACUGGAGAUGACGGCCAGCAGCAAGUGCUCUCUUCAGGAUUGUCUGAAACUCUUCUCUAAAGAGGAGCGACUUACUGACAGCAAUCGCUUCUACUGUCGACACUGUAAAACGCAUCGAGACGCUAUCAAGAAAAUGCAGAUCUGGAAGGUUCCGCCCAUUUUACUUGUGCACUUGAAACGGUUUAAAUAUGACGGCCGGUGGAGGGAAAAACUGCAGACUUUGGUGGAUUUCCCGCUGGAUAAUCUGGACCUGUCGCAGUACGUCAUUGGGCCCAAACCAAAUUUGAAGAAAUACAACCUGUACUCCGUGUCUAAUCAUUAUGGUGGAAUGGACGGCGGUCAUUACACUGCAUACUGCAAGAAUCCCAUCAAACAGCGCUGGUUUAAGUUUGAUGAUCACGAGGUGUCUGAGAUCUCAGCCUCGUCUGUCCGCUCGGCGGCCGCCUACAUCUUCUUCUACUCGUCCUUAUGAAGGAAAGCAACAGGUUAACCAGAGGUGACCCACGCACACUAAUGACGCAACUGUGGGCGGAGCUUAAAGUCCUUUAUAUGAAGACUGCUGAUGGAGCUUCCCUCUCUCUCUAUUCUGUCUCUCUCUCUCUCUCUCAGUGGGCGGUACAGCAGGGUUUGUAGGAGUGUAGCGGCGGUCUGACACACAGGCUCAGGUCUCAGAGCAUCCGUCUGUUUCCUCCACGCUCACAGCAGGACUAACGUCAUGUAGACAGACAUUUCUGAGAGACUAUACAUCUCUAUAUACACUCUAUAAUCCAAACGGCUCAUCAGACGUGCAUUAAGCGCUUAAAUAAAUCUUUCAUUUAUUUAAAUAGUGACCAAAUAUUACUUGUGAAAUGCAGUACUCCUCUCUGGUUUGGCGCCAGGCCCAAAAGAGAUCCAAUGACUGCCGCCGGUCAUCCUCAGUGGACUCAAACAUUCACAUGUAUGUGUCUGUAGCGUGUGCCUUCGGGACGGUUCUGUUAGUGUGUGGUGGACCACUCAUGACAUCACUCAGUGCAAUAACUCUCAUGGGACUGUGAUGAAAACCACAGUAAAAAACAAGAGUCCCUCCUGUAGCAUUAGCGGUAGAAGUCAAACACUCGGUUUAAAUUAUGACCCAGAAUGUUUUCUCUCACUUCUAAUAUUACUCUGAAUUCAAGCUGCUUUAUAGUGUGCAGGUGAAAAUGACCAAAUGGGACACACAUCACCAUGGAAACGUCUCAUGAUUAUCACUAACAUUAUAUUUGUGGCAUGACGUUUGGCAUGAACUUCUCUCACCUGGUUUCUUAUAUUAUUAUUAUUAUUAUUAUUAUUAUUAUUCUGCUCAUUCUUGACAUACAUUUAUUGGCUUAUAACUCUGUAAUAAUUGCAAGUGUACUGCUUCAAUAAAAACACAAACAGA